UUGAAUUGUAAGCCUAAGAGCGGCGGUUAGGAGGCAUGCAGCCAGUGACUCCGGGUCCGAGGGACUGAGUCCAAGCACUCCCUUCCCUGCCCUCCUCCAGCCUCCCCCGGCUCGGCUCUCUCAUCUGACCCUCUCCCUUCCCCCGGACUGCCCCGUGCCCUCCAGACCGCAGGCUGGACCAUGAGACCAGGUCGCCGCAAAUCCACCCCAAAGAGGCGCCCCGGGAUCCCGUCUCAGCCCCGCGCCUCCACCACGCCCCCCGCAGGCUCUUCUCGCCGCCGCCGCCGCUUUCCCGGCGGACCAAGCCAUCGAAUUCUUAGGGAGAUCCGCAAGCUGCAGAAAAGCACGAACCUGCUGAUCAGGAAGGCACCCUUUGGUCGACUAGUUAGAGAAAUAUGCCUCCGAUAUACUCGAGGAGUGGACUUUUAUUGGCAAUCUCAGGCCCUACUGGCCCUACAGGAGGCAGCAGAAGCAUUUAUAACUCAUUUAUUUGAAGAUGCCUACCUCCUCGCCAUACAUGCCCGGAGGGUAACCCUGUAUCCCAAAGAUAUUCAACUGGCCAGAAGAAUCCGAGGUUUGCAGGAAGGACUAGGCUAAAUACUUGAGUAUAAUGGACCUUUAAAUCAAGAGUUAAAAAUUUAAUUCCUUUCUAUUUCUCCAACCACUUGAGUUCCCAGUCUGGAGUUGCCACUUACCAUCUUCAACACCUUGUCAUCGUACCCAUCUCUUGGGCACAGUUCUCUGGAGAAUCGUGGAUUGUUCCUUUAUACAAAAUUUAAAUAAAAUGUUUUUAAUUAAGGA